GACGUUUAUAUUCAUCAGCAGUGCCAGGAUAGGCCAACAUUAUUCAAUGGUAAGGUAUAGCUUUUACCGUAGCCCUCAAUUUAAUAUUAUUGGAUAAACAAUCACGGCAACACAGUUUCCAUUUUCCCCGGAACACCUCCACUUUCUCAUACCUCACCCCCAACAGCGAAGACAGGGGAUAGCCCUGGCUACCCACUUAAUUAUGGCUGCAAACCAACUAAUUCCAGUCUAUUGGAAACAGAUAGAACCCCUGUCUAUUAGGGAAUGGAUCAAAAAGGUAAAGGGCAUAAAACACAUGGAGGAAAUCACUUACGCCAAUCCAAAAACUGACACUAAAUCCCUGCACAUUUGAGCACCAUGGAAUACUUUUAUACUAGCCUGAACGGCAGACAUUUCCAAACCGCAUGCACUAUCGCUCAGACGUAGAUGAUAAAGGCGAGAGAGACAACUCUCGAAUAUCACACAUCUCGGGUACUCAAGACAGCACCAAACACCAGGGUAUAAAAUACCGCUAUUGAUACAACAUAAUCAAUACCGGUGACCAUAACACACUCCUGCGAUGACACAACAUUCUUCAUUGUAAUGAACUACACAUACACCAAAAAGUACAAUGCCGAAUAUACACUAUGAUGUUGUCAUCCUUAUUUUUGAACACCAAAUAUUGAACUGUUAACACAAAUAUGUUCUAGUGACGAAAUGGUAUACAUAUUGAAUAUUAUGAAAGAUAUUUGACAUUAUCAAAUGCGAACUUUGAUACUGUAGAAACACACUAACACCAUUUGCGAGACUCUGUUAUUCUGUAAAAUUGUCAUUUGAGAACUUUUGUUAUAUUGAACAGACUGUUAUUAUAUAUGUGAACACUUUGGAAAACCAAAUAAAAAUAUAAAUAAAAAAAAAUAAGAAAUAUUGUUUGAUAAGCUUUUCAAAUGAUAUAAUAUUUUUGGAUAAAAUUUUAAAAUAAUCUUUUCAAAAUAUAUAUUUUUUUGUUUUAAAUUCUUUAUUUUUGCAAUGGUAGAUCGCAUGGUAAAUUAACAUUGUUAGGCUUGUGCAUAAGUCAACAAGAAAAAGAAAGACGAGAGUUUUUUUUUGUUAAGGCAUUUCUUCAUGUUUUGGUGAUCGACUUGGUCAUUGCGACCAAGUCGAUCACCAAAACAUGAAGAAAUGCCUUAACGCCAGAGUUUCAUUUUUUUAUAGUUAAAGAAGAACAAUAACAGAAAACAAAUAACCUUAGAAAGUAAUGUAUUUAACAUACUAGGUAGGAGCGGGGCUGUGUUUGUUGCAGUGUUAUUCAAUGACUUUGGUAGUGUUGUUGUCAUAGGAUGUGAUAUGCACGUGAGAUGUGAUCAGCUUCCGUAUGCAUUGAGUGUGUAACAGUGAAAGUAGUAACCAACCAUAUAAUCAGCGUUACAUAUCAUAAUGCCGUUUUAUACUGAAUGUCAUGAGAAUUUAAAGGACCACUCUAGGCACCCAGACCACUUCAGCUUAAUGAAGUGGUCUGGGUGCCAGGUCCUUCUAGGGUUAACCCAUUUUUUCAUAAUUAUAGCAGUUUCAGAGAAACUGCUAUAAUUAUGAAUGGGUUAAGCCUUCCCCCUAAUCCUCUAGUGGCUGUCUCAUUGACAGCCACUAGGCGCUUGCUUCUCACUGUGAAAAUCACAGUGAGACGCAGCGUCCAUAGGAAAGCAUUGUAAAUGCUUUCCGAGACGCUGAAUGCGGCGCAGCUCUAGCGCGCAUUCACGGGGCGGAGAGGAGGAGGAGAGCUCUCCGCCCAGCGCUGGAAAAAGGUAAGUUAUUACCCCUUUCCCCCUUCCAGAGCCGGGCGGAAGGGGGACCCUGAGGGUGGGGGCACCCUCAGGGCACUAUAGUGCCAGGAAAACGAGUAUGUUUUCCUGGCACUAUAGUGGUCCUUUAACUACUUUACUACAUUUAAUAAAUUUGCUCUAGAUAUGUAUUUCUAAUUGUAAUAUGCUUUUUAUAACCACGUUGCUUUGAUUGUUCUGCAACCCAUGAAUCUAUAUAUGUUGGUCUUUCCCUUUUCCCUUUCUCCCUCCUCUCCCUCCCUUCAGACUUUUUCAAAAUCAAUAACUAUUUACAAUUACCGUUCCACUGAACAUCCCUGCCCCCCAAGAACAGUAAAUGGAGUUAUGGAAGAGUAGCACCCAAUGGGUCCCAUCCUGCCACCACCUCAGUCGAGAACCAUGCCAUGUACUCUGAAGUUCCUCUAAUUCUAGAUUGGAAGGAUGUGUCCAGCGUAGAAAUAAACCAUUUCCACGUGAGGAAUUUAAAAAAAAAAAAUUUUACCAGAAGUUCCUUGUUGGCUAGGGUAUGAAGCCAAUCCAUUUUAAAAAAGAAUUUUGAGUUUGGUUAAGAAUAAAGUACGUGGUGCAGUACCCGGCUGGUUCCAAACCUGAAGAAUGGUUUUGCGGCCCACCGCUAUCAUCAUAGAGAAGCGUCUAUUAGGCACGGGGUCACCUAAGUGCCCUUCGCCACUUGGUCCUGGAGAGGCUUGCUUGCCAGUCUCCUCCCCUGUGACUAUGGCCCUGGGGUGUAUGGCCCUUUAAAAAUGCUAUUGGGGCUUAUGGACUUGUAUUGGACUGUGUACGGCCCUUUAAGAACUGUAUUGGGGCUUAUGGAUUUUUAUGGGACUGGUGCUGGCCCUUUAAGCACAUUUUUGGGACAUGGGGAAAAUUGGGACAAUGCCAGUGUCCCCAGACUUGGUUAAAGUACUUUAUUCAUGGCUCCGUUACACUUGGUUCAGUAAAUGGGGCUUACUGCACCAAGUACCACACAGGCGGACCACCCAGAAGUGGAAGUGUGCAGGCAAUUUACCUCGCAGGAUGUGAGCCUGCUGUAGGUAAAUUGCCAACCGCUGGGUGGCCGCAGUUCGUGCAAAUGAACACGUGUGUAGCCAAAUUCAUGGAACUGAAAUCGGCUACACAUUUCCGCGAACACCGCUGACCCUUACCUUCUCCUACACCAAGUUUGAAGCUACAGAGACUAAGUCCUGUUCGGCAGUUUGAACUCACUGCUAUACUAAGCUAAAUUCAUGAACGGCCACAUUUUUCUGCCUGAAAUAGACUGACCGCACAGCCCAAAUCUAUGGAACUGUUUUGGGCAUGAAAAUGUGCUUGCGGUCGGUCAUAAAGGACUUCCAGCUAACUUUUUACGUACUGGACGGAUUUGGCUGAAUUUUGGUUAUGUUUAUAUUUAAAGUAUGCUGGUUUGUGAAGAUUGGAUGUAUAUUUGUAAAGUUACAGUGUAUAUAUAAAAAGUAUAUUUUUCCUGCCUGUGAUAAUUACAUUAACCCAUUGUGUUCAGUAAUUAUAUCACAAGCAGAGGGAAGGAUUUUGUGGGAGUGAAUGGGUGUGGUUUUACUGUAUGUUACGUGCUUUAUUGGUUAUUUUACAAAACUGUGUGGGCGGUACUGUAUCUGUAAAACCUGCAUAAAAGAAGGCCCUUUGGUGCCAAGUAAAACAGAUCUUCUUGACCCUCAACACGUAGCCGUGUCUCGUUAUUGGAGGGAACUGCUAUAUCACACUGGGGAUUGCUAUGCUCUGCAUACUCCCCUGAGCUUUAAUCACUCAGCUCUUUUAAGAGCUUGUUCCUGAUACGCUCUCCUGGAGGAAAGGUCUUCCCCACACGGUCCUGGAGGACAGAAGCUGAUCCAGGGUGGACAGAAGACGGCAAGACUCCAGUCAAGCUACGAUGGUUGCGGAGUCUGCAGUGGUUGUGGUGUCCGGUGCGGUGCUUGUGGUCCUCGGCGCAAGCUAGGAAGCGUCCGUCAAUGGAGGGUACUCGUUCGGAGUACAGGGAGCUCCGUUACAAGGGCGUCAUAUUGUUGUUCGUUAAGUAUUGCUCUCUCCAGAAGGUCUGAAUCAUAGGACACUCCCACAGACAGUGAUACAUAUCCGCUUUGGUGUAGGUGCAUUUAAAGCAGGUAGAGGAGUCCUUCCUUGCCAUGAGAUGUAGUCUAUGCAGGGUAAAAUGUGCGUAAUGUGUGGUUUUUUAGGAACAUGUCUCGAUAAGAAACCAUGGGGAGCAGUGGACUUUGAGUGUAGUGUGAGUUUAGGAUGUACUCAGGUGUGAUAUCAGGGAAGUGAAUCUUCCAUUUUCCCAGCUUUUCAAAAUAUAUAUUUUUUAAAUCUAUUGUAUAUUAAAAAAUAUCAAACUAUCAAUAUAUAUAUAUAUAUAAAAUAUUAAAUCAUUUGAAAAGCUUAUCCAGAAAUAUUCAAUUGAGGCCUUAAUUGGUGGUUCUUUCAUCUUCUACCAUGGCACUAGCUACAAAGUCAGCUGACAUCACGCUAAGGCGUUCCUCCGGAAUCCCAGCUCUAUGUGAGUGAGCUAUAUUAACACAAGGUUCUUUGUGGACUGCAAUUAAAGUGCUUUGUGAAUAGAUUUUUUUCUGCCCACUCAUCCAUUCGUAGAGGAGACAUUUUUAUUUAAACCUUUCUGAUUGUUUGGAUAGAUGCAGAUGUAUGCCUAGUGCAAAUAUCCAGGACCAGACUGCUAUGAUUAUGGAAUAAACUUAAUUUUUUUAUUAUUAUUAUUCAUCACUUGCUAAAACAUCUGCAAAGCUUUUUACAGAUGUUUCUGGCAAGAUUUGACUAAAGAUUUGUGUAGUUUAUCUUGUAGUGAAGUCCAGCUUGUACAUCGGCUAUUUCUUUUCAACAGCCAAUAAAAGAUUUUUUAAACACUGAAUUAAUGUAAUUCAUUAUUUAUUGAUCAGGAUUGUAUAUUAUCAUGUUUUUAUAAAGUGGCACAGCUUUUAUCUGAUAAAACUGUGCAGUGAUUACCAUUUUGAUUCUCAACACAAUGAAUCUAAACAGUUAAAUAGGCUAUAAAGAGAGCUCUGUCCAUCAAGUUAAACCUUUCUCACAUCUGUUUUUGCUGUUGAUCCAAAAGAAGGCAAAAAAAAAAAGUUGGAAGCACUUUUCAAUUUUGCAACAAACUAGGAAAAAAAAUCUUCUUGACCCCAGAAUGGCAGUUUGAUCUCUCCUUGGAUCAAGAAGCUAUUACCCCACUAAUCAAAAAUUUUAUCCAUGAAUGUUACGUUUUUGCAAGUAUUUAUCCAAUUGCUUUUUAAACAUCUGUACAGACUCUGAUCAAAUCACCUCUUCAGGCAGAGAAUUCAACAUCCUUAUUGUUUUUACGGUAAAAAAAACUUUCCUUUGCCUUUGACGAGAUCUCUUUUCUUCCAGUCUAAAUACUUGAACUUGUGGCCUGUGCAUAGUCCUAUUUAUGAAUAGAUUUCCAGACAAUGAUUUGUAUUGGCCCCAGGUAUAUUUGUACAAUGUUAUCAUAACCCCUAUGAUAAACAGAUUUAAAUUGGUUAACCUUUCUUUGUAGCUAAAUUGUUCCAUUCCUGUAGCCCGCCUCUACACUUUUUUAAAUUUCAUAAUAUCCUUUUUUAAAACAGGUGCCAAAAAUUACUCAGCAUAUUCAAGAUAUGGAUAUGGUAUUACUAGUGAUUUAUAAAGAGGCAAAAUUAUUUUUCCAUCCCGAUAAGUAAUGCAUACAUUAAUAUACAGUACAAUAUCUUACUGGCCUUAGCAACUGCCGAUUGGCAUUACACAUUGUUGCCUACUUUGUUGUCUAUAACAAUUUCCAAAUCCUUCUCAUUUGUUGUUAUCCCUAAUUCACUACCACGUAUGGUGUAAGUUGCUUGUGCAUUCUUUACAUCAAAGUGCAUAACUUUGCAAUUUUUUACGUUAAAUUUCAUCUUCCAUUUGAGUGCCCAGUCCCCCAAUCUAUCUAAAUCUCUCUGCAGAAAUCCUGCUCGAAUUGUAUUACUUUACAGAGUUUUGUGUUGCCUCUAAACACUGAAACAUGACUUUCAAUGUCUAUUUCAAGAUCAUUUAUAAAUAUGCAAAAUAGACGUGGUUCCAGAGCAGAACCCUGGGGGAUACCACUAACUACUUUUGCUUUUCAGGAAGAUGAAGGUCAAAACAACCAAUGGCCACAUCCAGCCACUAUGAUGUUCCUUUGAACAUCAUCAAUGAAAAACUGUAUGAUUUGUUAUCUCAUUGCUCUCCAUUUCAGUGGUUAUCCAUUUCAAUAAAAAAUUAUAUUUAUUAAAUAUAUUUUACAGUGCCUCUGUGCUUGCUGUUAAAGGACCACUAUAGUGCCAGGAAAACAUACUCGUUUUCCUGGCACUAUAGUGCCCUGAGGGUGCCCCCACCCUCAGGGUCCCCCUCCUGCCCGGCUCUGGAAAGGGGAAAGGGGUUAAAUCUUACCUUUUUCCAGCGCUGGGCGGACAGCUCUCCUCCUCCGAUCCUCUUCUCCUCCCCGUCGGCUGAGCUGCGCGCGCAUUCAGCCGGUCACAUAGGAAAGCAUUCAUUAUGCUUUCCUAUGGACGCUUGCGUGCUCUCACUGUGAAAAUCACAGUGAGAAGCACGCAAGCGCCUCUAGCGGCUGUCAAUGAGACAGCCACUAGAGGAAAUAGGGGAAGGCUUAACCCAUUCAUAAACAUAGCAGUUUCUCUGAAACUGCUAUGUUUAUGAAAAAAUGGGUUAAUCCUAGCUGGACCUGGCACCCAGACCACCUCAUUAAGCUGAAGUGGUCUGGGUGCCUAGAGUGGUCCUUUAAACGGUUUACUCAAUAUAUUGCUGUUUAGGUUAACUGCGCAUAAAAAAAGAUAACAUGUAACAUAAAAGGUUAUACAAACUACCUUCAGAAAUCAGAUUUCUUUUGUGACCAAUACAUAUUACAGUCCACAAAAGGGAGCAAUUACUGGUAAAAAAAAAACCAACCCAAACAAAUAUAAAAUGAAUAUUAAAAGAUAAUGUGUCAUCGAUCUACAGAUUUGUGGAGCAGACUUGGCUUCUGGAGAAAGCCUAGACAUGGCCUCAAAGUUAGCCCAAUGUUGACCUAGAUAGCUGUUUAUCAAUUUACAAUGAAUAGCCCAAAACAGAUAUUUUGUUAUUUCCCAAUAUAUCAUUUCCAUAAGGGUGAGAUCACCUCUGCUUUCAUCCUGAUAUUUUAGAAAGAUAAAUUGAUAAAGACCCAACGAGGGGUCGUAACGUGACACUAUAACUUAUAGUACAUCAUGUAUCCUGGGCUCUCUUUUGUUUACACUACAACUAUGUCCUGCAUUGAAAAAGUCGGAUGGGUCAUUUAUUUCUAUAUGGGAGUAGAGGUGGCUGCUACUAGUCAUUUAUUUCUACUUUGUAUCUCAGAAUAAUAAAACAGUCAAUUGAAAAUCGUGUCUCUCAAAAACACAAGGUAUGAAUAGAAACAUGUACAACACUUUUGUUUACAGCCUAUCAGCAGCAGUUUCCAACAAUAUGGAGAACAUCGUAAAGACAUUUUAUAGCCCUGUAGAGCAUUGUGUGCAUGUAGAAUUACAAUGUCAGACACAUAACUAUUCCAGUGCAGGAGUGGUAAACGUGUUCGAACCUGAAUGCCCAAUCAUCGGCAUUAAUCAAGAAAUAAAUGUGAAAGUGCACAGACACAAUCCUCAUUGAUCAUUUUUUUCUUUGGCCACAGUUUCAAUUUGAUUCAAUUUUCCCUGUUUGUGCCUCUCUUGAUUCUGUUCCUGCAUCUCAGAAUCCCCGUUUAUAUCAGCUUCUUGUCCCAUUCAUAUAAAGCUUUCCUUAUCGUCUACUCAGAUUCAUACUACUUCUUAGUAUUAACUCUGUACCCACCUGCAGAGCUAAUGUACAGAAAUGGAUGGACAAAACAUAUAUCCUUACCCUGCCCCUCACCCUACAAUUAAAAUGUCUCUCUUUGCCUAUCUGAAAUGUUGGGAGGUAUGUUAAUUAGUUAUUGCUAAAAACAAUUGUCUGACUCACUUCCUGAGUCACAUUUUUUCAUUCUAUCUCUUGCAUGUUUAAUAAAUUAAUGCAUAACAACAAGUAAUGGGUCAUCUCUUGCCUGGAGUGUUUCCUUUAGGACUACAGAUUUGGAAACACUGACAUACUACUUUUCGAAACUAAGUGGGUCACCUGAGAGCCUGUUGGGCUUGUGUAGAUUUAAUGGCACAUUGUCAUAUCCACUUAUUCACCUGAGCAAAUCCUGUGUCAUUAGGAUUUUUUAAUCAUAAAAUGAAGGUAGAGUUUUCAGAAGGUAUUUUAAUGUUUGUCUUGUAUUGCCCAAUGCAAGAUUCUAUAUCUCAUCCUAGAAAUAAUUUUGCAUCAUUACUUAAAAAUGAGCGCCCAGGAUGCGUUGGUUAAUUCUUAGGUAAUGAAUUAUUAACAAAAGCACUAACUGAGACCAUGCCUUGAAAGUGAUCCACUCUGUAAUAAAGAAUGUGCAUUCUAGACUCUCUGGAGAACCAAAUCCUACUACACCUGCUUUAACAUUACUAUUGUGUAAGCUAAUAGCCCAGCUUAGAUUUAUAGCUUUCUCCUUAACAGUCACAGGCAGGAAACAUUGCUCAUUAUUGCAGACUGGGUUUGCCAAAUCCACCAUGUUUUCCUGGACAUGGAUACUCGGAGACGUGUACAUAGAAAAUUGCUGGCCACGCAGAAUGUGCUUGACUUGUGUAUGGUUUGAACAUUUGGUACAAUCGGAUUGCCCCCAAAAAGUAUUUGGUUCAGGUGGUCUGAAAUUAAUACAUGUUGUCUUUCGGUUCAGAUAAAUUUAAUUCAUGAACUUUAUUCUGGGAAAACUAUUUGGAUGAACCACAACAAAGCAAAAAUAGGCCAAUCAGCAUACAGCAAAAUAUAUACAUAAUUUAUAUAUAUAUAUAUUUUGCAGUACACUGAUAGGCGCACUUUCCACCAUUUGGUUUAGAGAUCAAGUCAAAAGUAAAAAAGGGAUACAUUACAGCAUUAUGGAUACAGGCUUGCAUUCCUAAUGCUAUAGGGUCCCUUUAAUGGUCUCUUUUUAAUGUUCUUUGUUUUUCCACUUUAUUGGUCACUUAUAAAUUUAAUUAUAAAAGGAAAAAAAUGCCUUUUUCCUCUAAUCAUCAAUCAUCUUUUUACACAGGCGGAGCUGUGAAUCACAAAACUAUUAAUCUGUUGUCCAUGUCACAAUAUGUCUAUUUAACACUUUAGAGAUCCUGCCAAACACCCAAUAAUCGGAAAUUGUUUGAAAAAGGUCAAAUGUUGCAGUAAGGAACUCUGUUCAUUUUAGGACCACACUAAGCACCAUAACAGUAACGAUGCAUAGAGUACCGAGCACUCUCCCUGCUUAGAGUUGCCUAUGCUGAAUUGAACUGUAAAAGCUGCAGGAGCUAGCGGUCGCCUCCCUGGCUUUGACUUGCUUCUUUGCUGUAUAUAGUUAAUCCAAACUGCAUAUACAAGUAGGAAGGAUCUGUCACCGCUCCACAGAGAAAAUCGAGCUGCAUGCAGAAGCUUGCUAAAGUUCACAAAUCAGACAGCGGCAGUACGAUUGCUAUUGUUUUAUAGAGCAGUUCCACUCAUCCUAUACUGUAUAUAAACUACUUAUCCUAUAUACUUCUGCAAGACAUACUUAUCCCAGAAUCCCCUACUAGGUAGAUGUUUACAGGUUAACACCUCACACACUAACAAGAGAGGCUCCUGAUUGUGGGCACCACUUUCUGGACAAGUAAGUGAUCUGCCCACAGCCUCUCACUGUUAUUGAAUAAUUUAAUUGUAUAUCGUUUCAUUAAUUUUCAAUGCAGAUCUAUAAAAUGAAUUUUUAAAAAGUGUUAAUACCUGCCUACAGUGUAGAUUUAACCCGAUGAGAAUCCCAAAAUUCACUCUCUGUAUCAGUUGCUUGAAUUCCGUACUUGUUUGAAAGCGUCAUAUUACUUUAGAGUGUAAUCUCACAGGGCUAACUAACCAAGCACUUUCUAUAACAGCUUCAGCAGCUAUUAUUAUUAUUGCCAUUUAUACAGCGCCAACAGAUUCCGUAGCGCUUUACAAUAUGAUGAGAGGGGGAUUUAACUAUAAAUAGGACAAUUACAAGAAAACUUCCAGAAACGAUAGGUUGAAGAGGACACUGCUCAAACGAGCUUACAGUCAAUAGUAGGGGUCCUCAAACUCUAGCCCCCCAGAUGUUGCUGAAGUACAACCCCCAUGAUUCUCUGGCUAUCUAUGUAAUUCAAAGAAUCAUGGGAGUUAUAGUUCAGAAACAUCUGGGGGGGCCAUUGUUUGAGGACCCCUGGUCUAUAGGCUAGAUUUCAGCUUACGGACAGAGCCCUCUUUUCCUUUUGUAUUUGUCGGUGUAUAUCGUACAUUCUUCCGUAAUUGUACAGCGCUGCCGAAUAUGUUGGCGCUUUAUAAAUGUCAGUAAUAAAUAAAUGGCAGCUCUUUUCCUGUACUGCCCUCCAGCAAUGAAGAAAAGACAUGAGUCCAGGAAAACAUUGUGAGUCAGGCAUCUCCUUUCAGCCCAGCCAGUUACCCAGCCUGCCCCUCCCUGCCCAACAUGAAAGAGGGAGACUAAAGAGAUUUUCCUGCAGAUUGUGCGAAGACAGGGAUUGCCAGAUUCCCAUACUACUGCCUUUCCUAUUUCCUAGAACUCAUCUACACAGGCAUGCCAGGAAUGCACUCAUAUAAAGUGCAGCAUUCAGCCAGGCCCAGGGGAAGCAAUGACACAUGUGCCUGGCGCACGAUGGCAACGUCAUCUCUGCGCGUCAGACGAGUUUGCUUUUAAAAAAAGAGUUCUAAACAAAAGAAAGAUCCAUUCUGUACACACGUUGGGAGUGAUAGAGUUCUAAACAACAUCCCAGGCAGCUGCAUUCUGGCUGACUCCGUUCCCGGCACCCUUUGCGGAAGUCUACGUUCUAUUCUAUGUCUAUGGUCCUAUCGGUCUCCAAGAAGAUGGCCUCCGUUACGUUAAUGAGGACUCUUGGUCUCCAGGAAGAUGGCCUCCGUCUGGCUAAUGAACGCUAAGUGACUGAUCGUUGGCUGAAGCCCGCACAGGAAGUUACGUUGGGACAGUCAUGUGACUCUCUUUAAACCCCCAUGCUGGUUGUUGCAAGGUAUGUAGUGGGAGCAUGUGGCACUUCCGGGCUGUGUUGCAGAAUACACACUGUCAUUAUAAUCAGACUUCAGAGGGUUAACUGCUGCUUAUGAAGACUUUCUUAGGCUCAGGUUAAAUAUUUUUAGGGUAAAUUAAAUCUGGUAAUUCUGCUAAAACACCAAAAUGUAAAUAAUACUAAUAAACCCCCACAGUAUGGCUGUGUUAUAGUAAAUAUAGUAUAUGUACCUAACACUAAUACAAUCCCAGAGUAUGGCUGUGUUAUAGUAAAUAUAUUGUAUGUAACUGACACUAAUACAAUCCCAGAGUAUGGCUGUGUUAUAGUAAAUAUAUUGUAUGUAACUAACACAAUCCCAGAGUAUGGCUGUGUUAUAGUAAGUAUAGUAUAUGUAACUGACACUAAUACAAUCCCAGAGUAUGGCUGUGUUAUAGUAAGUAUAGUAUAUGUAACUAACACUAAUACAAUCCCAGAGUAUGGCUGUGUUAUAGUAAAUAUAUUGUAUGUAACUAACACAAUCCCAGAGUAUGGCUGUGUUAUAGUAAGUAUAGUAUAUGUAACUAACACUAAUACAAUCCCAGAGUAUGGCUGUGUUAUAGUAAGUAUAGUAUAUGUAACUAACACUAAUACAAUCCCAGAGUAUGGCUGUGUUAUAGUAAGUAUAGUAUAUGUAACUAACACUAAUACAAUCCCAGAGUAUGGCUGUGUUAUAGCAAGUAUAGUAUAUGUAACUAACACUAAUACAAUCCCAGAGUAUGGCUGUGUUAUAGCAAGUAUAGUAUAUGUAACUAACACAAUCCCAGAGUAUGGCUGUGUUAUAGUAAGUAUAGUAUAUGUAACUAACACAAUCCCAGAGUAUGGCUGUGUUAUAGUAAGUAUAGUAUAUGUAACUAACACAAUCCCAGAGUAUGGCUGUGUUAUAGUAAAUAUAUUGUAUGUAACUGACACUAAUACAAUCCCAGAGUAUGGCUGUGUUAUAGUAAAUAUAUUGUAUGUAACUAACACUAAUACAAUCCCAGAGUAUGGCUGUGUUAUAGUAAGUAUAGUAUAUGUAACUAACACUAAUACAAUCCCAGCGUAUGGCUGUGUUAUAGUAAGUAUAGUAUAUGUAACUAAUACAAUCCCAGAGUAUGGCUGUGUUAUAGUAUGUAUAGUAUAUGUAACUAACACUAAUACAAUUCCAGAGUAUGGCUGUGUUAUAGUAAGUAUAGUAUAUGUAACUAACACUAAUAGAAUCCCAGAGUAUGGCUGUGUUAUAGUAAGUAUAGUAUAUGUAACUAACACUAAUACAAUUCCAGAGUAUGGCUGUGUUAUAGUAAGUAUAGUAUAUGUAACUAACACUAAUACAAUCCCAGAGUAUGGCUGUGUUAUAGUAAGUAUAGUAUAUGUAACUAACAUAAUACAAUCCCAAGUAUGGCUGUGUUAUAGUAAGUACAUAGUAUAUGUAACUAACACUAAUACAAUCCCAGAGUAUGGCUGUGUUAUAAAAGUAAGUAUAAUAUGUGUAACUGACACUAAUACAAUCCCAGAGUAUGGCUGUGUUAUAGUAAGUAUAGUAUAUGUAACUAACACUAAUACAAUCCCAGAGUAUGACUGUGUUCUAGUAAGUAUAGUAUAUGUAACUAAUACAAUCCCAGAGUAUGGCUGUGUUCUAGUAAGUAUAGUAUAUGUAACUAAUACAAUCCCAGAGUAUGGCUGUGUUAUAGUAAGUAUAGUAUAUGUAACUAAUACAAUCCCAGAGUAUGGCUGUGUUAUAGUAAGUAUAGUAUAUGUAACUAAUACAAUCCCAGAGUAUGGCUGUAUUAUAGUAUAUGUAACUAAUACAAUCCCAGAGUAUGGCUGUGUUAUAGUAAGUAUAGUAUAUGUAACUAACACUAAUACAAUCCCAGAGUAUGGCUGUGUUAUAGUAUGUAUAGUAUAUGUAACUAACACUAAUACAAUCCCAGAGUAUGGCUGUGUUAUAGUAAGUAUAGUAUAUGUAACUAACACUAAUACAAUCCCAGAGUAUGGCUGUGUUAUAGUAUGUAUAGUAUAUGUAACUAACACAAAUACAAUCCCAGAGUAUGGCUGUGUUAUAGUAAGUAUAGUAUAUAUAACUAAUACAAUCCCAGAGUAUGGCUGUGUUAUAGUAAAUAUAUUGUAUGUAACUGAACUAAUACAAUCCCAGAGUAUGGCUGUGUUAUAGUAAGUAUAGUAUAUGUAACUAAUACAAUCCCAGAGUAUGGCUGUGUUAUAGUAAGUAUAGUAUAUGUAACUAAUACAAUCCCAGAGUAUGGCUGUGUUAUAGUAAGUAUAGUAUAUGUAACUAAUACAAUCCCAGAGUAUGGCUGUGUUAUAGUAAGUAUAGUAUAUGUAACUAACACUAAUACAAUCCCAGAGUAUGGCUGUGUUAUAGUAAGUAUAGUAUAUGUAACUAAUACAAUCCCAGAGUAUGGCUGUGUUAUAGUAUGUAUAGUAUAUGUAACUAACACUAAUACAAUCCCAGAGUAUGGCUGUGUUAUAGUAAGUAUAGUAUAUGUAACUGACACUAAUACAAUCCCAGAGUAUGGCUGUGUUAUAGUAAGUAUAGUAUAUGUAACUAACACUAAUACAAUCCCAGAGUAUGACUGUGUUCUAGUAAGUAUAGUAUAUGUAACUAAUACAAUCCCAGAGUAUGGCUGUGUUCUAGUAAGUAUAGUAUAUGUAACUAAUACAAUCCCAGAGUAUGGCUGUGUUAUAGUAAGUAUAGUAUAUGUAACUAAUACAAUCCCAGAGUAUGGCUGUGUUAUAGUAAGUAUAGUAUAUGUAACAAUACAAUCCCAGAGUAUGGCUGUGUUAUAGUAAGUAUAUGUAACUAACACUAAUACAAUCCCAGUAGUAUGGCUGUGUUAUAGUAAAUAUAUUGUAUGUAACUAACACAAUCCCAGAGUAUGGCUGUGUUAUAGUAAGUAUAGUAUAUGUAACUAAUACAAUCCCAGAGUAUGGCUGUGUUAUAGUAAGUAUAGUAUAUGUAACCAACACUAAUACAAUCCCAGAGUAUGGCUGUGUUAUAGUAAGUAUAGUAUAUGUAACUAACACAAUCCCAGAGUAUGGCUGUGUUAUAGUAAGUAUAGUAUAUAUAACUAAUACAAUCCCAGAGUAUGGCUGUGUUAUAGUAAAUAUAUUGUAUGUAACUGACACUAAUACAAUCCCAGAGUAUGGCUGUGUUAUAGUAAGUAUAGUAUAUGUAACUAAUACAAUCCCAGAGUAUGGCUGUGUUAUAGUAAGUAUAGUAUAUGUAACUAAUACAAUCCCAGAGUAUGGCUGUGUUAUAGUAAGUAUAUGUAACUAACACUAAUACAAUCCCAGGGUAUGGCUGUGUUAUAGUAAGUAUAGUAUAUGUAACUAAUACAAUCCCAGAGUAUGGCUGUGUUAUAGUAAGUAUAGUAUAUGUAACUAAUACAAUCCCAGAGUAUGGCUGUGUUAUAGUAUGUAUAGUAUAUGUAACUAACACUAAUACAAUCCCAGAGUAUGGCUGUGUUAUAGUAAGUAUAGUAUAUGUAACUGACACUAAUACAAUCCCAGAGUAUGGCUGUGUUAUAGUAAGUAUAGUAUAUGUAACUAACACUAAUACAAUCCCAGAGUAUGACUGUGUUCUAGUAAGUAUAGUAUAUGUAACUAAUACAAUCCCAGAGUAUGGCUGUGUUCUAGUAAGUAUAGUAUAUGUAACUAAUACAAUCCCAGAGUAUGGCUGUGUUAUAGUAAGUAUAGUAUAUGUAACAAAUACAAUCCCAGAGUAUGGCUGUGUUAUAGUAAGUAUAGUAUAUGUAACUAAUACAAUCCCAGAGUAUGGCUGUGUAUAGUAAGUAUAGUAUAUGUAACUAAUACAAUCCCAGAGUAUGGCUGUGUUAUAGUAAGUAUAGUAUAUGUAACAAUACAAUCCCAGAGUAUGGCUGUGUUAUAGUAAGUAUAGUAUAUGUAACUAAUACAAUCCCAGAGUAUGGCUGUGUUAUAGUAAGUAUAGUAUAUGUAACUAAUACAAUCCCAGAGUAUGGCUGUGUUAUAGUAAGUAUAGUAUAUGUAACUAAUACAAUCCCAGAGUAUGGCUGUGUUAUAGUAAGUAUAGUAUAUGUAACUAAUACAAUCCCAGAGUAUGGCUGUGUUCUAGUAAGUAUAGUAUAUGUAACUAAUACAAUCCCAGAGUAUGGCUGUGUUAUAGUAAGUAUAGUAUAUGUAACUAACACUAAUACAAUCCCAGAGUAUGGCUGUGUUAUAGUAAGUAUAGUAUAUGUAACCAACACUAAUACAAUCCCAGAGUAUGGCUGUGUUAUAGUAAAUAUAUUGUAUGUAACUAACACAAUCCCAGAGUAUGGCUGUGUUAUAGUAAGUAUAGUAUAUGUAACCAACACUAAUACAAUCCCAGAGUAUGGCUGUGUUAUAGUAAGUAUAGUAUAUGUAACCAACACUAAUACAAUCCCAGAGUAUGGCUGUGUUAUAGUAAGUAUAGUAUAUGUAACUAACACAAUCCCAGAGUAUGGCUGUGUUAUAGUAAGUAUAGUAUAUAUAACUAAUACAAUCCCAGAGUAUGGCUGUGUUAUAGUAAAUAUAUUGUAUGUAACUGACACUAAUACAAUCCCAGAGUAUGGCUGUGUUAUAGUAAGUAUAGUAUAUGUAACCAACACUAAUACAAUCCCAAAGUAUGGCUGUAUUAUAGUAAAUAUAUUGUAUGUAACUGACACUAAUACAAUCCCAGAGUAUGGCUGUGUUAUAGUAAGUAUAGUAUAUGUAACUAACACAAUCCCAGAGUAUGGCUGUGUUAUAGUAAGUAUAGUAUAUGUAACUAAUACAAUCCCAGAGUAUGGCUGUGUUAUAGUAAGUAUAGUAUAUGUAACUAAUACAAUCCCAGAGUAUGGCUGUGUUUUUGUAAACAUUCCAGGUUAGUGGGUCAUUAUUUCUUAAAUAAAUCAAUGACUCAAGAUACUAUUAUAAGUCAUUACAGAAAUUUCCGUUUGUAUAAUGUUUCCAGGAAACUCCCCUUUUUAUGGCUAAUGAAUAUAAUGUCACUGGGUUUGUAUCUGCCCAGGGUAUACUAGGUCAUUUAGUCACUAAUAAGAGUCAGAAAGAUAUAACUUUCUUUUAUGUAUUUUUUUUUUAUUGCUGAAAUUGCAACUUGUUAAAAAUGAAAUGUGAAAAAAAAGAUCUAACUUGAGGUGGGUUUUCUUUUCUUGGUUCUGUGCUGUCUUCAUAGAUGCGGUGUUAGAUCGGUUCAAUUCUAGAGCAAGCUAUUUUUGAGCAUUUUUAUAGGGGGCAGGUGCUCAUAAGAAGCAAAAAGUAAAGGCUACACCACAUCUACACAUACUACAUCACACCGCAUCUACACAUACUACUUCACACUGUAUCUACACAUACUACAUCACACCGCAUCUACACACACUACAUCACACCGCAUCUACACACACUACAUCACACCGCAUCUACACACACUACAUCACACCGCAUCUACACACACUACAUCACACCGCAUCUACACACACUACAUCACACCGCAUCUACACACACUACAUCACACCGCAUCUACACACACUACAUCACACCGCAUCUACACACACUACAUCACACCGCAUCUACACACACUACAUCACACCGCAUCUUCACACACUACAUCACACCGCAUCUUCACACACUACAUCACACCGCAUCUACACACACUACAUCACACCGCAUCUACACACACUACAUCACACCGCAUCUACACACACUACAUCACACCGCAUCUACACACACUACAUCACACCGCAUCUACACACACUACAUCACACCGCAUCUACACACACUACAUCACACCGCAUCUACACACACUACAUCACACCGCAUCUACACACACUACAUCACACCGCAUCUACACACACUACAUCACACCGCAUCUACACACACUACAUCACACCGCAUCUACACAUACUACAUCACACCGCAUCUACACAUACUACAUCACACCGCAUCUACACACACUACAUCACACCGCAUCUUCACACACUACAUCACACCGCAUCUUCACACACUACAUCACACCGCAUCUACACACACUACAUCACACCGCAUCUACACACACUACAUCACACCGCAUCUACACACACUACAUCACACCGCAUCUACACACACUACAUCACACCACAUCUACACACACUACAUCACACCACAUCUACACACACUACAUCACACCACAUCUACACACACUACAUCACACCACAUCUACACACACUACAUCACACCACAUCUACACACACUACAUCAUACUACAUCUACACACACUACAUCAUACUACAUCUACACACACUACAUCACACCACGUGUACACACACUACAUCACACUACAUUACACCACACCUACACACACUACAUUACACCACACCUACACACACUACAUUACACCACACCUACACACACUACAAUACACUACAUCACACCACAUCUACACAUACUACAUCACACCACAUCUACACAUACAUUACAUUACAUCUACACAUACUACAUCACACCACAUCUACACACACAUUACAUUACAUCUACACAUACUACAUCACACCGCAUUUACACACACAUAAUACAUCACACCGCAUCUACACACACUACAUCACACCGCAUCUACACACACUACAUCACACCGCAUCUUCACACACACACUACAUCACACCGCAUCUUCACACACAUACUACAUCACACCGCAUCUACACACACUACAUCACACCACAAAGAAACAAAAAAAAAAGUUUUGGGACCAAAGAGGGUACAGAAUUAAUAUUAUAUACAUGAGAAAAUCUGAACUUUUAGAAAAGAAAAAUUAGCACAAAUUAAAACGUAAAGCUUCCCUGAAGGACCAUCUCUUGCGUGCAGAUUUCCUGAACUCACUUCCAUUGCAAUAUGUAAUAUGACUUACAUACACACUGUGAGUUUAUUUACCAAACUCCAAGUUAUAGCCAAUUGUAAUAUGGAUGGUAAAACGUAGGCUAAAAUAGCUGAUUUGGAACAAUUCUCCAAUUUGUUGACACUUGUAGUUUUGCUUUUUUAGCAUGAUCUGCUGUUGGAACGUCAGUUUUCCUAUGUUUUGAGGUUUACUAAAUACUCGUUAAAUAGCGAACUGGAAAAGCUAGUUGUGGUUUCAUUUUUGCCAUUCUGGCCUCAAGUUUGAAAUUCACUUUGAAUUCCCUAUUUAAUCUAGUAGAGAAUGUUCUUUAGUGGGACAGCUCUACACCUGCAGUUAGACUCAAAAUAAGUGACAUUAAAUACUCUGGAGCUGAUAUAGGGGCACUACUGUCGCCAGAAUAACUACAGCUUAUUGUGGUGAGUAUAAUAAUUCCCUUCAGGCUUUUUGCUGUAAAUACUGUCUUUUCAGAGAAAAUGCAGUGUUUACAUUACAGCCUAGUGAUAACUUCACUGGCCACUCCUCAGAUGGCUGCUAUGUGAGCUUCCUGGGGCAGUGCUGCACAGUGUGACUGACAAUCAGUGUCUCCACCCUCUACAUGGCGAAACUAAAGUUUCCUAAUAGAGAUGCAUUGAUUCAUUGGAUCUCUAGAAGGUGAUGCUGAUUGGCCAGGGCUGUGUUCUGCCCCUGAUCUGCCUCCUUGACAGUCUCAGCCAACCCAGUGCUUUCCCACGGGAAAGAUUUGUGAUGGGCUGAGAUCACCACUUCUGAUGAUGUCAGCCAAGGAGGCAGAUCAGGUGCAGAGUCAGCACCAACCGACUGGAAUAGAAUUAAGAUUUUACUAUAUUUAGUGGGGGCAAGGGAGUCCAGGGGGGAUAGAUGGUGUUUUUAAAAGUAUAGGUUGAGGAAUACAUGUUUGUGUUGCUGACCCUAUAGUGUUCCUUUAAAGGGAUACUAAAUGCACCAAAACAACUUUAGCAUAAUGAAGCAUUGUGGUGUAUAGAUCAUGCCCCUGUAGUCUCACUGCUCAGUUCUCAUUUAGAAGUUAAAUAACUGUGUUUAUGCAGGCCUAGUCACACUUCCCUGCAUGCAACUUACACAGCCAUACUAAACAUGUCCUAUACAUAGUCAUCUGAUGUUUAAACUUCCUUUACUGUUUAAUUUGAAUUUCUUAUCUCCUGCUCUGUUAAUAGCUUGCUAGACCAUGCAGAAGCUUGCUCUAUGUAAUUAAAGUUCAAUUUACAGACACCAGAUAAAAACCUUUAAAGUAAGCAUCAUCUUAUUGAAAAUGAAACUAUGUUCUUUCCAUGUGGGCUAUGUCAGUUAAAGCCAGAGCAGGUGAGACUAUGACUGCAUAAGCCAUAAACAGAAACAAAAGUGAUUUAUCUCAUAAAUGACAGAUAAUUUAGCUAAAUUUGUUAUGGUGACUAUAGUGUCCCUUUAAGAUACUGUAAAAAUGUUUCCUCAUACUUUUUACCAGAAUGCAAAAAUAACCAGCAUAUUUAUUUCAAGGUCUUUUGCAUUUUUGCCAAGAGCAUCCCAUUACAUAAGAGCAAAUAUGUAUCACCCGUGUUAAAUACUUUCCAACAUCUUAAGGCAAUGUGUGUAAUGUUUAUUAUUAGCGAAGGUUCUAUUGUAUUGCUACAUACAGUAGUUUCAUUUUUUUAAGGUGACUGUUGCUUUAAAGUUCCUUAAUCACCCUCUGGGGUCUGGUAAUACAGCACUGACGUGGUCUGGCAGAAGAAACGCCAGAAGCUGAAGGAAAAAAAAUGGCGACAUCAGUUAAAGGACCACUAUAGUGCCAGGAAAACAUACUAUAGUGGGUAGCCUGCAAAAGAUACCCCCUUCCGUCCAGCUCUGGAAAGGGGUUAAAACUUACCUUUUUCCAGCGCUGGGCGGAGAGCUCUCCUCCUCCCAUGCGGCUGAAUGCUCACGCGCGGCAAGAGCUGCGCGUGCAUUCAGCCGGUCACAUAGGAAAGCAUUCAUAAUGCUUUCCUAUGGACGCUUGCGUGCUCUCACUGUGAAAAUCACAGUGAGAAGCACGCAAGCGCCUCUAGCGGCUGUCAAUGAGACAGCCGCUAGAGGAAAUAGGGGAAGGCUUAACCCAUUCAUAAACAUAGCAGUUUCUCUGAAACUGCUAUGUUUAUGAAAAAAUGGGUUAACCCUAGCUGGGCCUGGCACCCAGACCACUUCAUUAAGCUGAAGUGGUCUGGGUGCCUAGAGUGGUCCUUUAAGUAUGUCUAUGCUCCUCUACACUGUGCAAAAUAUGCAAAUACUCCUACACAGUAGCAGAGUGGCUUUAAACUGGUCCUAGCAUUUAUAAUAUGAGUGGAUGAUGGGUUCCCUGCAAGCAAGUAUUGAAGGGACACAAUAGGCAACCAGACCACCUUAUCUCAUUGAAGUGGUCUGGGUGCAAUGUCCCUGUCUCCUUAACCUUGCAAUGGAAACUAUUGCCGUUUCUGAGAAACUGCACUAAUGACAUUGAUUGACAACCACUGGAGGCAGUCUUAACCCUGCAGACAGUCACUAGAGGCAUUUCCUGCUUGCUAGGCGACUUACCGGAAAAUGAUCAGACUCGGCAGUGUCUGAAUAAAUCCCAUUUAUUAUUUUUUAUUUAUGUUUUUGCCUGUACAGCAAAUUGACAACAUGUUUAUAAAAAUAUAUCCAAAAUUAGUUAAAAUAAAGGGAAAUAGGGGGGGAAAGGUGCAAUUAUAUAAAGCUUGAUUUUGAUAUUGGAGAAUAUUCUGUAUAAAUCGGGGGAUGUGAGAUGCUUAAAAAAAAAUCAUGUCUGUGAUUCUCUGGGUUCAGACAUGUAAUAGAUUAUUUCUACCUGUGUAUUACUAUGUACUUAUAUAUUUCCUUGUACAUUCUCUUACGAAUACUUUUCAGGAUGGAGCAGAUAGUGCUGAGCUACGGAGAUUGCCUCUUACGAUCUUCGGAUGUUGCUCUUCUCGAUGCCCCACACUGGCUGAAUGAUAAUGUCAUUGGGUUUAUCUUUGAGUACCUGGCCUCCAAUCUACCUCAGUCCCUAUCAGAGCGAAUCGCUUUCCUCAGUCCUGAAGUGAGCCAGUUUAUUAAAUGUUGUGAACGAGAUGCCCCAGAAUUCUUGGGACCGCUAGACCUUCCCAGCAAAGAACUUAUCUUGUUACCUGUCAAUGAUAACGCAGGGUCAGAAGCUGGGGGCACGCACUGGAGUCUUCUAGCCUACGUCCGCCAGUUCCAAAGCUACCUUCACUAUGACUCUGCAUCGGGAACAAAUGCACCACAUGCCAGACUUAUGGCCAGGAGUUUAAGUCCUCUGCUUCGUGAUAACCCAUGUUACCGUGAGGAGAAUGCUCCUACCCAGCACAACAGCUAUGACUGUGGGAUGUAUGUAGUGUGCGUAGCAGAAGCUUUGUGUGAGCAGCUCUUGCAUGGUCAGGACAGUCUAAUUCUGCAGAAAAUCACACCCCAGUAUGUAACCCAGAAACGGUCUGUGUGGAAAGAGACCAUUAAAGGACUAAGCCGUCUUUCUAACAAGCAGUGCCUUUAAGAAGAGGAGAGGCACUCACUCUUAGUCACAAUAGUAACAUAUCACUAAAAAAAUAUAGGUUUUAUUUAACUAGAAUACAAGGCAUACAGGUCUUUUAGAAGGGGAAAAUUGACAGUGAACAAUACUAGCAGCAUAUAUCAGGUUUGGAUUCUAGAUAGAAAGAUUUUACUCUACAUGACUCUUUAAAUGCUGCAGUGAUCUUUAACCUCACUACAUUUUGGGGGUGGAGGGGGUGGAAUGGAGAAAAAAGGAAAAUGUAUGUGGCUUCAACGAAAGAGGCUGAGAAAGAUCCACUCUGAUCAAAGUUUUGUUUUUUUCUGUACUGUAAUAAAAUGUAUCUGUUCCUAUA